GGCCGGGGCGAGCUUCCUGGUGUCACCCCGAGAGGGCGCCGGCCGCAGCGCCGCCCGCAGAGCCUUGAGGCCGGAAGCCGCGCUGCGCCGCCCCGCUCGCCACAGCAGCCGCCAUGAAGGCCGUGGUUCAGCGCGUCACCCGGGCCAGCGUCACAGUUGGAGGAGAGCAGAUAAGUGCUAUCGGACGAGGCAUCUGUGUGUUGCUGGGGAUUUCUCUGGAAGAUACGCAGAAGGAACUGGAGCACAUGGUCCGGAAGGUCUUAAACCUGCGUGUGUUCGAGGACGAGGGCGGGAAGCACUGGUCCAAGAGUGUGAUGGACAAACAGUACGAGGUGCUGUGCGUCAGCCAGUUCACCCUGCAGUGCGUGCUCAAGGGGAACAAGCCCGACUUCCACCUGGCGAUGCCGGCGGAGCAGGCGGAGGGCUUCUACAACAGCUUCCUGGAGCAGCUGCGCAGGGCCUACAGGCCCGAGCUCAUCAAAGAUGGCAAGUUCGGUGCCUACAUGCAAGUCCACAUUCAGAACGAUGGGCCUGUGACCAUAGAGCUGGAAUCCCCGGCCCCCGGUGCUGCGACCUCCGACCCGAAGCAGCUGUCCAAGCUUGAAAAACAGCAGCAGAGGAAAGAGAAGACCAGAGCCAAAGGGCCUUCCGAGUCCAGCAAGGAAAGAGCCGCUCCUCACAAAGAGGACCGCAGCGCCAGCAGCGGGGCCGAGGGGGACGUGUCCUCUGAGCGGGAGCCGUAGGCGCGGGGACCGCACUCAGUGCGUUAUCAUUGGGCAGAACUGGAUCCUGAAAAAUUCAUGAGAGAUGCUAGGCACCUACAGUACUUGAAGGAUUUGGAACUGAAUCCUGAAAAGGAAGAUGGAAGUAAGAAACUGGGACCCUGAUUAGCCCUGCAAAAACAAAAAACAAACACAAAAACAAAACACCAAAGGAGCGUUAACGCUUGCUGUCACUGCUGUGAUUUAAUAGAGGAAGUGGGUGCUGCCAGCGUUGGGGGAUGCGCCCCACGCCCGGGCAGCGAGGCUCCACCCAUGCCUCCCCCACAGAAGGGCCGUGUUGGCGCCUCUGAUAUCUUGGCUUGCUUUUGGAACAGGCUGGCCCAACGUCAUUUGCCAUCGAGUCCUCCUUUCACACUGUGGUGUAUUUCUGCGUGUCCGUGGUGAGUCUUAAAUGCAUUCAUGCUGUCUGUGUUUCCCCAGUGCUGGCUAAGCCAGGGCUCCCGUUACGGUGCAGAGAACAGUCACCAGUGAUAAUGUAUUAUGUGAGACCUUCGCAUCUUGUACAUUUUCUCUUUUUUCUAAAAAUAAAUAAAAAAACUCCAAACCUCAACAAACCA